GUAUCGCAGCAACGGCAUGGCGGAAGCUGAUGCGGACAACAACGGGAGGGUUGUUUGUGCGGCUCCAGAUGCGGUGAAUUUCUUGUCGUCGUUGACAGAGGGCGAUGAGAUCAUACCACAAUUGCUGUUCUCAGAAACACUGUGUGCGAAAGUGGGUGGGAAGGCCCAUCAACAUAUUAACGUAAAUGUAAGUUUAGGAGGUACACCGGAUGGCUCAAACUUCUACAAUGUGAUGAUCACCAGAGUAAAGCCAACGUCAAAAUCUGAUGGCACAGUACAGACAAUAACAACGACUGUUGCUUCGAAUCUACAAGUUCUAGAAGAGAAAUAUGUGACUACAUACGAUGAUGGCAGAGAGAUGAAACUUGCCUUGUCACAAAGAGAUGACAAAUAUCAUAUGACUAAAACCGUGCAAAUCGGUCAGGAAUCAGUAAUCACAGUCAAAUCAUUUUCCAUUUCCAGCAUGAGUGGUUUUGUGUCAGAAGGUUCUAGCUUCUUGCUUCAACGAGUUAUGGCACUGCAGCAUCGGUCUUUCUCAUUGCCUUUGGAAUUUGUCGGAUUGGAUUAUGAAGCAUUUGAAUUGUGUCGACUUAUCUAUAGACAAGAGUCUGUAACUGGCGACAGCCAACCUUGUCAAUACGUGAAGCAUUACGAUAGAGCUGAUCGAUUGUCACUAGUAUACAAGUGUAUACUGGACGAUGGAGGACGUCUCACAUUUUAUGGUUUACUUGGAGCAACAGGAUCUGAAGCAGACAGUGAUAUGGAUGCAUUGCCACAACAGACUACUGACGCUGAGGAUCUUCCUGCUGUUGACGUCAUGAGCCUGCCAGGGUCACUACACUGGGAAGAUGACAUGGAAAUGUUCUCACAGUAUCUGGAUAGGAAGGAGGAACUGAAAGAAAUUCACGCCGUUUACAUGAGAGAACAUCCAGAACUCAAAGCCAUUCUCGCAGACUUCCUCCAGUUUUUGCUAAUACGCAAACCUGACGACGUAACUGCGUUUGCAGCCGAUUUUUUCGCGUCCUACUCGGCUCGAGCGGCGCCUAGCGGCGGUUUCGCAUCAUCAGGAAGUACAAGUGCAUUCCAGAAAUAGUUAUACGCCCGACUGGUAUACGUCUACAUUCCAAUCGACAGUGUAGCAACGCACAUGCGCAUCAUUAUUCACAGACUGAGCAAAUCAUCCGAUCCCUACAUUCAUGACUGCACCAUUUUCUAAACAUUAUGUGCUUUAUACCUUAGAAAAUGAUACAAUGUAGAAAUGAUGUAUGUUGCUCAUCGAUCAGUCUAGCUAGAGCUGAAUGUUCAUGAAAGAUGUCACAGCACGUACGCUCUACAUAGUCUUGUUUCUAC